AUGUUCAAUUGGGCAAAGCAGCAGCUGGCCAACGUGGCUGGCACUCAGGAGCCCAUCUACGGCCCUUCUGCCAUCCGAUCUGUCGCCGAAGAGACGGCCAAGAAGAGCCACACCGAGCUCACCCGCGAUGACAUCAAGUGGCAGGUCAUGGACUCGACCAACGUCGAGACCCAGACCUUUUACAUUUUCUCCAAGUCUGGCCGUAUCGGCAUGGCCCAGGUCAUCUACAGCAAUGUUGCUGGUAUUCGAGUGACGGCUCAGUUCAACGUCAAGGUCUUCUCCACCGACGCAUCCAAGGAGCACCUGUGGUGCUCUACCCCCCUCCAGAACAUCGACUUCAGCGAUGACAAGACGUGCUUUUACGCGACCGACUGCGCCCUGGAGCUGUCCGAGGACGGCACGACGUACACGAUCAAGAGCAUGAACGACGAGCGCGGUAUCGUCAACCUCAAGGUGACGCGGACGGCCCCCGGCAUCCACGCCGGCGAGACGGGCAAGACCUUGUAUGGCACCGACCUCAACGACCCGUGGGGCUACAUGCGCCACGCCUUCUGGCCCCGCUGCGUGGCCGAGGGCACCAUCACGACCAAGGACGAGGGCGCCCUCGACUUUGCCGGCCAGGCCCUCUACGCCUACGCUAUCCAGGGCAUGAAGCCCCACCACGCUGCCGCCCGCUGGAACUUCCUCGACUUCCAGGGCCCCAACUACUCGGCCGUCAUGAUGGAAUUCACCACCCCUCCCUCGUACGGCGCCACGCUGGUCAACGUCGGCGCCGUUCUCAAGGAUGGCAAGGUCGUCACUGCCGGCUCCGCCAACAAGGUUACCCACACUAGCGCCAAGAAGGACGAGGAGAGCGAAUGGCCCGAGCCCACCAGCGUCCGGUAUGUCUGGAGCGGCAAGGACGCCGAUGGCAACGAUGUCGAGGCUGUCCUCGAGGAUAGCCUUGGCCCCAGGAUCGACCGUGUCGAUGUCAUGGCCGAGGUCCCCGGCUUCGUCAAGAAGAUUGUUGCCGGUGCUGCCGGUACCAAGCCCUACAUCUACCAGUAUACCCCCAAGACAACCUUGAAGGUCAAGGUGGGCGACAAUGAAGAGUCCGACGAGGGUCAGGUCUUUACCGAAGCCACCUUCAUCUCGGAGACUGAAUAG